AAUGAAGCUCGUCAGUCGAAAUCUUGGCAACUGUUUCACACCUAACCCACAUUACAUUAGCCACGCAGCAGGUACUAUCAAGUGCUUUUGGACUUGUUUUCCACAUUCACCCCAUUGCUUACUAAAUUAUUAAUAAGAACAUAAUAGGUACCACGCACCAACAGGACGCUCCACAAAAUGUCGACAUUUUUUACGUACAUAACAGGUAGUUCGGCACAAACAAUGUGAAGUUUGAUGAAUUGGCUAACUAACGCAGUAUACCAGUACGUUUUUAGUAACUUGCCAAUAGCUAGCUAAUAUUAACGGUAUACUGUCUCACAGCAAAGUGUUCUCCAUAUUUUAGAUUUUUUAUUUUGUUCCACAUUGUCAACAUGACCGUAUUAUACGCAUUUUAUGUCGAUACUUAAAGCGUGGAUGCAGAACACCAUGAAAUGACAGACCACUAAAGCAUAACGAAGGAAGAAAGUAAAGUGCAAAACAUAGACGAAGCCGAAGGGAAAUGACGUUUAUGAUGUACGAACAAAGUCGCCAUCUUCUGCGGGUGCCACAACGUCCUGUAUCAAUGCUGCUUCCAAGCCACGGUUGCUAAAUACUGCAAAAGAUUGAAGUGAACGGCAAGAGCAUCGGUGGAAACAUGAGCAUGGAGAAAGAGGUGCAGAGCUGGGGUGACAAUCCUGUGAAGCCUGAGAAAGGGGGGGAUCAGCCAGCUGUCCUGGGACAGGAGGGGAACAUGAGAGAGAUGUCCCAGUCUGACGACUCUCGAAUGGACAUAGACCCGGCAGGCACUGACACCGCAGAGCUCGUCUCUCAUUCAGAGACCAAGCUGUACAAGAGGCGCUGGGUCAUGCUCUUCCUCUUUAGCUCCUACUCCAUGAGCAAUGCCUUCAUGUGGCUCCAGUACGGCAUCAUCAGCAACAUCUUCAUGCACUUCUAUAAUAUUGACACUUUCGCCAUCGACUGGCUCUCCAUGAUCUACAUGCUCACGUACAUCCCGUUCAUCCUUCCUGUAAUGUGGUUCCUGGACAACCGGGGAAUCCGUGACGUGGUGGUGGUGGGCUCUGCCUUCAACUGCAUCGGGGCCUGGAUUAAGACGGGCACUGCCUCUCCGGACCUCUUUGCCGUCACCUUCUUCGGGCAGUUUGUGUGCUCGGUGGCCACAGUCUUCAUCCUGGGGAUCCCCUCCCGUCUGGCCUCCCUUUGGUUUGGCCCGCAAGAAGUUUCUACAGCCUGCUCCAUCGGGGUCCUUGGGAACCAGCUCGGCAUUGCCAUUGGGUUCCUUGUGCCACCUAUCCUGGUGCCCAAUGUGGAGGAUAAGGAACAGCUUGCACGUCACAUUAGCAUCAUGUUCUACAUGACUGCUGGAGUAGCCACCCUGAUCUUCAUUCUGGUGGUCAUUGUUUUCCAGGAGAGGCCGAAAAUCCCGCCCACUCAAGCCCAGGUUGUAUCCCGCAACAUCCCACCGGAGCAGUACUCCUACAUGGCCUCCAUCAUGAGACUGCUACGAAACAUACCCUUCAUCCUCCUCAUCAUCACUUACGGACUGAACGUGGGCUGCUUCUACGCCGUCUCCACGCUACUGAACCGGAUGAUCAUCGAUCAGUAUCCUGGUGAAGAGGUGAAUGCUGGCAGAAUCGGCCUCACCAUCGUCAUUGCCGGCAUGGUGGGGUCCCUCAUCUGUGGCAUCUGGCUGGACAAGACCAAAACCUACAAGCAGACGACGCUGGCCAUCUACCUUUUGUCCUUCGUGGGGAUGCUCGUGUAUACAUUCACCCUCCAUCUCGGCCACUUGUGGUUGGUCUUCAUCACUGCUGGGGCACUCGGCUUCUUCAUGACGGGCUACCUGCCUCUAGGAUUCGAGUUCGCCGUGGAGUUGACAUACCCCGAGUCGGAGGGCACCUCUUCAGGGCUGCUCAACUGCUCAGCACAGGUAUUUGGAAUCCUAUUUACCAUUGGUCAAGGGAAGAUCAUCGACAAAUUUGGCACGCUGGCUGGGAACAUUUUCCUCUGCGUAUUCCUCUUGAUCGGAGCGGUCAUGACAGGAUUCAUCAAGUCGGAUCUCCGGAGGCAGAAGGCGAAUCGGUUGGCGGAGGCAGGCGCUGAGGUCUCCCAAUCUCCGAACUAUGGGGCCACAGGCCCAUCAACUACCUGCAGCAGCAGUCCUGAAUUAUAACCCCAACCCCAGUAAGCCCCAAACACAGAUGCGCCAAGAUUUUGAAGGAGCACCUGGAAGAGGCCCUCACUGCACCGGUGGUCUUGAACGAGGCUAAACUGUAGGAACGGGCAGUCUGCAGGAUGGACAUGCAGAUGCCUCUUUGUGCCUUCUUCUCUACCCGCACACACCUUAAACUGUGUUUUCAGAGACCCACCUUAGCUGCAUGUGCUGUUGCAUGUUCCAACAUGCAUUUAAACUGAGCAAGUCUUAUACAUUGCUUGUGUACUGUGCUGCACACAUCCACAUAUUCAGGGUCAUACUUCAAUAGAGCUUACAGAACAUCUGCCUUUAUCACAAAAUAGUCAAAGAACAAAACUGGAAAAUAAAACGGCAGAAUAAUUUUUUCUUCAGCCGUUAUAUUUUUGCUAUUCCUAUUUUGGUGCAGCAAAAACAAAAAGAUUGUGGUGAGGGAUUAUAUGUAGUAUACAGUACGGGAGUUACAUGAUUUAUGUAUGCUGAUCUAUGAACAAGACUGCUCCCUAGCUAGGAGUAAGCAGCGUAUACACUUUUGUAUUGCAUCUCCCAUAGACCAGCUGUUAUGCAAAUAGCCGUGGGAACACUUGUGUCAGGUGCAAACAACCUGCAGCUAACUUGGGUCAGUGAAAGCACAGCUAUAGAUAACUUCAGACACACACAGUACAAACAACACACACUCUCCUUAGCCUAAGUAAGGGACACAUUAAACACACACAUGAACUAUUGAAGAAGAGCUGCUUCCCUUUAACAAUGUGAGAACUGGGAGAAACAGUUUAACAUACAGUGCUAUGCUGUUGUCAGGGAAAACUGGCUCCCAGUGAUAUACAGGUGAGGACUGACGACACUGUCAGACAGAUGGAAGAGAUGGAUGGAGAGACGGCCAGUCACCCAACCUCAUCUCAAGCACAUGGUUGAUCACUGGAUUGCAGCAAUUCACAUUUCUCUAUCCAGAAACAAAUUCUGACUUUUGAAAUAAUAACAUUACUGCUGCCACUGAGGGAACUUUUUAACAUAAUUCAUUUUGUACCUUACAUUGGACCUCAACACCAUGAAAACACAGACGUUUUCGAAAUAUGACUUUUUCGAAAUCCUACCAGCAGUACAUUCAACCAAAUCCCAUAAUGGUAAGGGAUUAUGUAUGUAUUCUUUAAUGAGCAAUAUUCAAAUUGUGAUUGCCUUUUCUUAUAGUAGACCAAUACAAACAAAUCUUUACAUUGCUGAAGAUUUUUAUGUGUUCUAUUUUUUUAGAAUAUGAAAGUAAAAAUUAGAAUGCUGAUUCAGCCAGUGGUAUAGCACUUUCCCCACUAUGGCAGUCCAAACCACCUGUUAAACAGGUAUGGAGUGUGGUUAUGAAUGGACUGUAGUUACUACCUGCAGAGGAAAGUACAGGAGAACACCAAUACCAUUGAUUCAGUUGAUGCUGUGCAUCUGGGUAUGUCUCAGAAGGUCAGUCUCUGAUCUGUACCAUAGACACUAAACCCUGCUUUCACAGCGUUCUCAGAGAGAAUAUCAGACACUUUAGGACUGUAGUAUAUUACUCCACGACAGGUCUCUGUGUUCAUUAGCCAGCACUCUAAUAGUCCUAGUUCCUGAAUCCGAGCACAAAUUUAAUUUCAUAGAACAACAGGGUCAUGGCACCCGUUACCAUACAACACAUGGAUACUGCUGUGAAAUCAACCCUUCUGUACAUCUGUCAAUAAAACUAGGUAGGUUACUGUAAAAUAUAGGCCAGUUUAGCAGGUCAACUUCUUUUAGCUACAAUGAUCGGCUUUGUGAAAUAGAAUUAACGUAUUUGGUGUACUGUACAAUGUGGGCAAUUGAGUUUUUGCUUUGCUAUCAAUAAAUCCUACUCUAAUUCUCUAACCAAGUUUCUGGUUAAGAAUGAAGCCAUAGUUGGGCAAAUUGUAUUUUAGCACUUACAUGUAUGAUUCCCUGUACUUGUUAUUGAUAAAAAUAUAUACUUUUAAAUUAUUUGUGAGUUAAUUUUUCUAAUAUUUAUGAAUGUGUUGUGUUUCUAAAAACAGCAGUGAUUUUCCUCUGAAUUGUUCUGUAAUCCUAAGUACCAUUAUCUUAUAUCAGUGGUUAUAACAUUGUUUUGUAGACUAAUUUUGUAUACCUCUCAAUGAAAAGUGAUUUGUGAAGCUUGAGCCAUUUAAUUUGAAAGAAUAACAAUUACAGUUUUGUACUACAAAUUGUUCCUACUCAUCAUUUAUACGAGUUACAGGUGUGAACUAUGGAGCUCAUAUUUUGUUGAAAUAAAGAUUAUUUUACAUGAAAA